GUUUAGUCGUUUACCCACAAUGAGUGUGGUCAAGGCAUCAUAGCGGCGCUGCCCAGGGUGCAGUCGGUGUCGACUAUCGAGCUGAGACCGAUAAAGCGAACUCGUUCCCUUACUGAUGGCCGAGAGGCUGGAUACUUCUGUGCUGAUUAUCUGAUACGACAGUUUGAAAUUUAAGGCACCGUUUGAAAGCAGCAAAUGAAAUUCUAGCGAUAUAUUCCGUCCUCUCUGUACGGUGAUGAAUUACCCAGUGAAUGAGGCAUUCAUGCCGUUCCACUAGAGAUUUAACAACGAGAGUGUCAUGUCGCCUCUGAGAAAUCAUACCACGAGCUGUGAGAAACGACAGAAUCAUUUCGAUCUGGCAGUGAAGGACCUCUCGCGCUUGCUCAAUAGGCUGUGUGUGACGCCGCGAACAAAGCCUAGGCGCAUGAAGCCGCUCGGAGUCGCCUGCGGAAAGAUGCGCUACAGUCGUGGUGGGGCGAGGAGAAAGAUGUUCAUCGACGUUAACAGGAAAAAAGACAGUCGCCACACGGCCCGUGGAAUCCCAUCUCACAGCUCGUCAUUUUUAUAUUUACAAAGCAAGUUCGAAGAGUCUCAUCGCGAGCCCGGUAAGAAGACCCUUCGAUCAACGAGGCGUCGUAACCCAUCACUGUCAUCUCGAGGAUUUAUUCUCUCUGCUUCUAGACGCCCCAAGAGCAACGUCGUCAAUGGUAAUGAGUCGGAUAAACGUCAAAUUUCUCGAGUUCCUGUUCCCGAGAGCGAACUUCCGCAAUCUCCAACAAGAUCAAGUUAUCGAGGCACCCUGACCAGUGUUUCAUCGAAGUCUGAACAAUCUCAGUGUUACGUGGCCAAGUCGUCUGUGCCUUGCCCUUUGGUCGCUUCCAGAGAAAUAGUGUCCCCGAAUGAUGAUGCAGGACCUAACAUUACUCCGGAUAGGAACCUGGCCUCCAGAGGACAGUCUGGGUCGCCGGCAGGUGGCACCACACGGCAGAGUUCCCACCGCGGUCAGUCAUCGAACAGGACCAAUCUAGAAUUCACUGCCUACAUGAACAAGAGAGUCAUCGCGAAAAUCGCGGGAGGGCGAUGGGUGGAAGGAACACUUAGAGGUUACGAUUCGUACAUGAACCUUGUUUUGGAAGACACCGUGGAACUGAGAAGUACGGGGGAAAGGAUUCCAGUUGGAGUGGCAGUGAUUCGUGGCAGGAGCAUCGCCAUGGUAGAGGAAGCUGCAGAGGGCGUGUCCGCUGGCGUCAUCAUUCACCGUUCCGGCUUCCACGAGAGAAAGCCACUCAAGACGAUUCAGCUGGACGAGGAGUGACGACGAGUGGUAAAAUUACGGGGAAAAAAAGUCACAGGAAUGAAGUGUCAUAUUGUCAGGGAAAACAAAAUUCAUAUUAAUUCAUGGUAUCCGGUAAUAAAGUCACAUAAUAAGUUCACAGUAUAUCUUUGGGUCAUUGUUUUUAUAUUUACAGUCUUUUGUUUAUGUUUUUCCAGUAAUCCGCAAAGGUGGACUAUAUGGGUAAAAACGCAUGGCGGUCACUAUCUAUACUCUGUUUUUUUCCAUCAGUCCAUCCGCCUGUGGUAUUUGCGCAUGGUAACACUGCGUCUAGGGCUUUAAAUAAUAUCCUAUUUCGAAUAUUAACGAUGUAAUUCGCAUACAGUAAAUUAUUAAAACACUUUUCAGUUGCAAAUGUACACCCAGAUAUCCUUUUAUUUACCUAAAACUUACACAUAGCAUAACUACUUAAGGCUCGGGAUGCAGUGUUACCAUGCAAAAACACCACAGGCAGAUGGACAGAUGCAAAAAACAGAGUUUAGGCAAGAUUGAUGUGACUUUUUACCUGGAUUCGAAGACACGACCUGUGUCUCUGUGACUAUAGAUCUCUCUGGAGUAGUCAGUUAGGUAGAACUGGCGCGUCUCAUUCCACGCCAUGUUUCUGUAUCACUAUAGGCCAGUGGUUCUCAACCAGGGGAUAAUUUUAAUUACAGGUAUAGGGCAAUUGUAACCACCUCAGAUCGGCAGGCUCAAACUGGCCCUAGGACUGCACAAAACUCAGUGUGCAUCAGUGCGCACUACUGAGAGAUCACUGGGCUUUCUCUCCGCUAGCUUGUGUGUUUGUGUUAUAGUAGAUUCACAUCAACCGUGCUUCUGAUGUCUAGGCCAGAGCCUUACUACGUUCCUGAUUGGUUGUUGAUAAGCCAAUCACAGGGCUGGAAAUUCUCAGUCUCUCGAGAGUUCACAUUGGCAGGAUGUAUGUUCCACCUCUCCUGAGGGAUAUAUCUGUCUAAAGUAUCCCUCAGGAGAGGUGGAACAUACAUCCUGCCUAUGUGAACUCACUCGAGAGACUGAGAGUUUCCAGCUCUGCUAUUAGCUUAUCAACAGCCAAUCAGGAGCGUCGGAAGGGACGGACCUAGCCAUCAGAUGUGAAUCUACCAUAGUAUUUUGUUGCAUAUUAUUUGGAAAGCACCUUUUGAGGCAGACAAUUGUGGAAAGGGAGAGAAUGACAUUCUGACAUAUGGUGAAAGGGUGUACGGGCCAAAAAAGGUUGAGAAGCACUGCUAUAUAGGCUUUUGGGCAGAAUUUUUGAGCAUGUCAUUCGUAUAGACUAUUAUGAGAAAAGCUACGCUGAAAAUAAAGUAUUUCCUAUAAUAACAAAGACAAACAAAAUUUUAUAUAGUAUAUAUAUGUUUGUACACGACCCUCUCAUAGUUUUACUAUUUUUGCUAAGUUUAGAUGGAAAUGAUAAGUGUAAGGUCUAUGAUUAAUUAAAAUAUGUAUAUAUAUAUAUAUAUAUAUUAUAUAUAUAUAUAUAUAUAUAUAUAUAUAUUAUAUGUGUGUGUGUGUGUGUGUGUGUGUGUGUGUGUGUGUGUGUGUGUGUGUGUGUGUAAUGGGAAAAAUUAUUCCUUUAAUUAUUAGUGAUUUAUUUAGGAAUUGAUUUAUCAUCCUCCUCUAAUAUCUUUACACUACUGUUGUAAGAGUGAUUGGAACUGUAAAAUGUUUUCGUUGUGGACGUCGGGUGCGUAGCAGUGUAGGCAGUCCUCUGUUUUGUUGAUCUUUCACUUUGAGUAUGGGAGCGCUGUGACUGUCGUGAAUCUUUCGUCUGCAUUUUGGUAACACUAGCUGCUAGCAAAACAUGUAAGAAUCACAAAUGCUGUUGUGCGAGAAGGACGUCAACCAGUCCACCCUUCAUUUUCCAGUCCACCCUUCAUUUUGGGUAUUUUACCAAAUUAUUAAUACAAAUUAUUAUCUAUAUAAUAUUACCGUUAGUUCAUUAGUUGGAACAGAUCACUAUCAUGAAAGAACAGUAGCAGACGAAGAUUCAAGUGCAGAGUUGCCUGCCCAGUCAAACGUGAUUGCAACGCCUUAACGUGGAAAUUUCCACUGCCGAUCAUGGUCUUAGACUAGACUAUACAGUAAUUUAAGAAGGCCUACCCUAGACUAAUCCUGUUUGCAUGAGGAAUUAUGACUAUUUUUGUUAAAUAUAGUUAGGCUAUAUGUAUAUAAAUUCAUGGAAAACUUAAUUAUAUAGAACUUACCCUAUACCGUCAUUAAACUAACCUAACUUUGUGGCCUAUUGUAACCUAGUCAAAAAUCAGCCAUGUAAACUUUGCAUAGGCUAUCCUUAACGAUUUCUGAAGAGGCCUAGGCUAGACUAUAUCCUGUUAAAAGGCACCUUAGCCUAAUUUUACCUCAUUUUAGUUUAAGUUUUUCUCAGAAAUCUUUCAGGUAGCCUUAUCCAUUGACAUAUAUUGUGUACAAACAUUUAGUACUGUGUGGAGUAGGGAAUGAUUUACACCUUACUGUAAAUUAAUUGAUUCCAGGGAUGCUCCACGUUUGAUACUUAUCCUGUUAUGAAGGAAAAAAAUUCCCAUAGUGUGUAGUUGAUGUAUUUUUUUUUUGAGGUAUCUCAAUAUAAAGUUAUUUUUUUGUUGUUUUAAACUACUCACUUGUAUUGUUUGCUGGAAAUCAAAAUUAAAUAAAAGUAAUAUUUCCAGGGAUCUAGUCCAGGAGUUCUGAAGACUAGGUAAAUUAACCACGUCCAGGAGACUAGGCCGGGGAGAUGUAAUGAGUAAUAAAAAAAUGAGCUGAGUA